CUGGUCACACUGGCCAAAAGCGAAGCAUAAUAACGAAAAUAAAUUGUUUAAUCCAAUUAAACCAGGCAAACUUUAAGUUGCCAGCUUGUCUGACGUUGUUUUGGACCGUCUGCCAACACGCAAGUGCCUUUAUUUUUAGUUAGCCGCCGGUUUUCAGCGCAUUUACAAAGUCGCCUACGCCUGAGUUCCGAAGUAAAAACUAUUUAAUAGGACACCACGAAAUCGGCAUUCCUCAAGAAACAAUAAUAUUUCCGCAAUUUUGCAUAUUUAACGUCAAGGCCAAGGCUACAAUAUCUGGAGCCAAAACACAACUGCAACUGUGUGCGAGAUAAAAAGAUGCAACGCAGUGCGUGAGUCCGUGAAUCCUCAAAAUCCUAUAUACCACCAUGUGCUGCAAGUGCUGCGGGGAAACUCAACGAAAGGUCUGGGUAUUCGGCCUGGGAUCGCUUUUCCUGGUGCUGGGAAUACUUACCGUGGUCUUCUGGCCCGGUAUUGCAGAUAAUCUCGUGGAGGAUGGCCUUACCCUGAAGCCUGGCACCGAUGCCUACGAUAGCUGGCUGGAGGCACCUAUUCCCAUUUACCUGAGCUUCUACAUGUUCAACUGGACGAAUCCCGAGGAGAUAAGGAACCCGAACGUAAAGCCAAACUUCGUGGAGAUGGGUCCGUACACCUUCUUGGAGAAGCACAAGAAGGAGAACUACACCUUCUUCGACAAUGCGACAGUGGCUUAUUAUGAGCGACGCACGUGGUUCUUCGACCCGGAGAGAUCUAAUGGCACCCUGGACGAUAUGGUGACGGCUGCCCAUGCCAUCACGGCAACGGUGGCGGAUGAGAUGCGAAACCAGCGCAAGAUCGUCAAGAAGAUCAUCAACUUUAUGCUGAACCACGAGGGCGGCGAGUUGUACGUGACCAAGCCGGUGGGCGAGUGGGUCUUCGACGGAUAUCAGGACAACAUUACCGAUUUCCUGAAUAUGUUCAACACCUCCAUGAUUGACAUUCCCUACAAGCGCUUCGGCUGGCUGGCUGAUCGAAAUGAAUCGCUGACCUACGAUGGCUUGUUCACCAUUCACACGGGCACGGAUGAUAUAUCCAAUUUGGGAAGACUCACCCACUGGAAUGGCAAAAAUGAGACUGGUUUCUAUGCGAAACCUUGCGGCGUGGUAAACGGAACCACCGGUGACUUGUUCCCGCCCAAGAUGAAUGUGAAGGAUGAGAUAACGAUUUUUGCCACCGAUGCUUGCCGAUAUUUAAACCUCAGACCGCGGGGCAGCUAUGAGAACCAUGGCCUGACUGCCACGAAAUGGGUGGGCACUGAGGAGACCCUCGACUCCGGGGAGAACUACCCGAACCAGGCCUGCUUCUGUGAUCCCGAGCGGUUCGACGAGUGCCCCAAAACGGGUGUGGUCGAGUGCAAGGCCUGCCGCGACAAGGCGCCCAUCUACUCCUCCUUCCCGCACUUCUACCUGGCCGAUCAGUCGUAUGUCGAUGCUGUCACCGGUAUGAAACCGGAUAAGGACAAGCACGAGUUCUUCCUGGCCGUGGAGCCCAUCACUGGUGUGCCUGUUCAGGUGCACGGCCGCAUCCAGAUAAACAUGAUGAUUGAGCCCGACGACGACUUCGACAUCUAUCGAGGUGUCCCAAAGGUGCUGAUGCCCAUGUUCUGGUUCGAUCAAUACGCGGAGCUCUCCUCCGAGCUGGCCUCCAAGGCCAAGUUGGCCAUCAAUCUGUCUAGCUAUGGGAUUAUAUUCGGAUAUUCUUUAAUAGCCGUUGCCAGCGUCUUCCUAAUCACUGGCAUUACUUUGACAGUAACGAAGAAGUGGGUGCGACGAACCCCCGAGGACGAGGAUAUGCUUACUAACUAGAACAAGGAGUAAAGUUAACUUCUAGAUAAUUUUUAUAGUCGCGAAUUGCUUGUUGGUCGUUGCCAGUUACGCGUUAUGUAAUAUGUAAGUGAUACGGAUCGGCGUUCGUCUUGCAGAUUGUGAUAGCAAACCCUAAUCUUAACUUAACCAAAUCUUACUCUACCUGCAAUAUUAUAUUGCCAUUCACAAAUCAUUUCCAAGCCGAUACUUUCCGUUUGAGAAAUUACUGAUUUUACUUGAUAAAACUUACUCAUACAAAGCUAAAA